AUGCGCUUCCAAUCCCUCCUCUGGGGAGGACUCUUGAGUCUUUCCACUGUUCUGGCUGCCCCUACUGCCAACUCAGGCCUUCAAGAGCCCCCUUCUCAGGUCAAGCGUGCCGUUCCAACCUCGACCUUCUCCAACAACGUCAUCUUCUCACCACCCUCCAACGCCGGAUGGACCGACCCUCGCGUUCUCUACGCUCGCGCCAUCCAACUCUCUGAUGGCUCUCUCCUCUCCACCUGGGAGAACUACUCACCCGAGCCCCCUCUGGUCUACUUCCCCAUCUACCGAUCUACCGAUGGAGGUGUGAAGUGGACUCAAAUUGGAAAGGUCCAGGACACCGUCAACGGCUGGGGACUGCGAUACCAGCCUGAUCUGUAUGAGCUGCCCCGUGCUAUUGGAAAGUGGCCCAAGGGCACCAUCCUGGCUACUGGAAACAGUAUCCCCACCGACCUCAGCAAGACCAAGAUCGAUGUCUAUGCUAGCACCGAUGGCGGAAAGACCUGGAAGUUCACCAGCUCUAUUGCCUCUGGUGGCGAGGCUCGUCCUAACAACGGCUUGACUCCCGUCUGGGAGCCUCACAUGAUGGUCUACAAGGAGAAGCUCGUCUGCUACUACGCCGACCAGCGAGACCCCAAGCAUGGCCAGAAGCUUUCUCACCAGACCACGACUGACCUCGUCAGCUGGUCCGCUCUUGUCAACGACGUUGCUGACAGCAACUACAACGCUCGCCCUGGUAUGCCCGGCAUUACUCUCCUCCCCAACGGCCAGUACAUCUUCGUCUACGAGACCUGCGGCACUGACGGCUGCCGUAUCCACUACCGUCUGAGCGCCGACCCUCUCAACUUUGCUGCCGCCAAGGACAUCGCUCUCGUUUCCAACAAGGGCACUCGCCCUGUCAGCUCUCCCACUGUUGUCUGGAGCUCUGUCGGUGGUGCCAACGGUAGCAUUAUUGUCAGCGCUGGUAGCCAGAGCCAGAUCUUCGUCAACAAGAACCUUGGUGCCGAGAACUCUUGGGUCGAGUUCGCUACUCCACAGCCCAAUGCUUACACUCGUGGUCUGAUGACCUUUAAGGAGAACGACAACUUCCUCCUCAUCAUUGGUGGUGGAUGGUUGCCUCCUAGCUCUACCAACCAGGUCAGCUUGAGUGUCAUUGACCUGAAGAAGACUGGUCUGUAA